UUUUCUAAAAAUGAGUGAAGAAUUUCGGCAGGAAAUGCCGCCAGCUGGUGGAUAUCGGCCGUUCAAUUAUAAUAGAACAUAUGCAAAAACUUUAUGGGGACCUGGUCUUUUUGUGGCGUUUAAUCUUGCAACAGCCGUUACUGGAUAUUUCUAUAAUAUGAAGGAUUAUCGACACAGGAGGCUGGCAAUUUAUUUUGAAGACAAGGAUUUGGUGAAUGCUAUGGAACCAUUUCUACUUGCUGAGCGUGAUCGAAUUGUACUUCGAAUAAUGAAGAAGAAUCAAGAGUUGGAGAAGGAUUUGAUGAAGGAGGUUCCAGGAUGGAAAGUUGGAACGUGGUAUGGUGAACCUAUCUAUUUUACGCUUGGUGAUCAAUGGAUUGAGCCGACUGCUCUGGAAGCCAAUAUACAUUUGAAAUUUGAUGAUUGGCACAAAAAUGGUUAUUGGCGCCAGGAAGGACCUUGGCCAACUAGGCCGUGGAUGUUUUAGU